GGAGUCAGUUACGUCACCGCCAGGCCUGGUAGGGCGGGUUCGGUCCGAGCGCUGGAAGCCGUGCGGAGGUAGAUACACGGCGGGAGUGACGUCAUCGUGCCCACCUUACCUCCAGUGGAGAGACCCCCGGAGUACACCCUGAGGGUUUCUCUCGGUUAUAUAUGGAUGAGCCAGAGUCUGACAGCCCGGCCAGUAUACUGGCCUCGGUGAGGGCACAGGAGGCACAGUUUGAGUUGCUGUCUCGUGCUCUGGAAGAAGAGAGGAGACACGUCACUGCUCAGCUGGACCGGGUGUGGGUGACGCCUCAGGAGCCCCACCCCCCAAUCGCCAAUGGCACCCUCACCCGUCGCCAGCAGGAUCGGCCACCUGUUGUGUACUCCCCAGUUAGAAUGGAGGGCCACUCGCUACCUGCAGAAGAUAGCUAUGUGCUGGAUGAGGAUCCCUCUUAUGUAUCUUACAGCAUGUCAGAAGAACCCCGGGGCGGUGACAUUCCAAUAAAGCCAGUUGUUGGCUACUCACAAACUCUUGAUCGUCCAUACCGGGAUCCAAUUGGAGGAGGUGGCGCGUACACCACUGUACCCCGCAAUUACCAUUUCCGUGGUCCCGGUGCAGAGCCAAUGCAAAUGAUUCCCACUCCUCAGCAUCCAGGAUACAGCAGUCUGUCCAGGCCUAAUCACCGCUACCGCACUGUUGAGCCUUACAGGGGUCCUGGUUACGGACCUCAACCACAAGUUAGAGGAGCUGGGUUUGGAGGCAGUCAGUCUGAUUUACUUGCAGGGCGAGGCUAUGGAUCUGAAGAUGCAUAUGGAAUGGAGGAUGAUCGUAGGAGCCUAGGCGGUUAUGUGGAUGGGCCUGAUUAUUCAACCACCGGUAGGAGGGGUGCGAAUGGUGGUGACCCACGCAGAAGGCUAAGGAGCUAUGAAGAUCCACUCUCCGAUCCUUAUGGUUCAGCAUUGCCUGCCUCAGGCAGCCUUUCCAGCCUUGGUCCCCCUCCUAACAGUGGUGCCUGGCGCCAGCCCGAGCUACCGGAGGUUAUUGCAAUGCUUAGCUACACCUUGGAUGCUGUGAGGUUAAAUGCCGCUGCAUAUUUGCAGCAUCUUUCAUACCGAAAUGAGGAGGUCAAGAAAGAGGUUUAUCGCUUGCGUGGAAUUCCGCCUCUCAUAAGCCUUCUGGAGGAUCAGAGAGCCCCUGUCAGGCUUGCAGCAUGUGGAGCACUCAAAAAUCUGUCGUUUGGACCUGCAAAGGAGAAUAAGAUGGCAGUGAAGAACUGUGAUGGAGUCCCAGCAUUGGCCAGACUGCUACGCAGGAGAGGGGACGGCAGAGAGGGGAGAGAAAUGGCAGAGUGUGUUACUGGCACCCUUUGGAAUCUAUCCUCGCUGGAUUCUAUUAAAAUGGAGCUUGUCGACCAGGCUUUGUACACCCUCACUCAGGAAAUACUUGUUCCUCACUCUGGGUGGCAACGAGAUGGACGGAUACAGGAUGGAGAAGAGGGAAAGCCAAGAAACAUUGAGUGGGAUCAGGCCCUGAUUAACACUACAGGAUGUCUACGGAACAUCUCUUCAGAGCGCUCUGAAGCACGUCGGAAGAUGAGAGAGUGCGAAGGGCUGGUGGACUCUGUUGUUCACAUCCUGAGGUCAGAAAUUGGAAGUAAGCAAGUGGACAGUAAGCUUGUGGAGAAUGUGGUGUGCCUGCUUAGAAACCUGUCCUAUCACAUACAUCGUGAGAUCCCACAGGCCGAGAAAUACCAAGAAACCCCCCAGAAUAGAACAGCAGAACCUCAGAACCCUAGCUGUUUUGGAGCACGACGGGGAAAAGGUAAAAAGACAUCAGAAGAGACAGCUGACACUGUGGAUUUCCCCAAGAGGACAACCCCAGCUCACGGUUAUGAACUACUUUUCCAGCCUGAGGUAGUUCAGCUGUACGUGUUCCUGGUGAAGUUCUCAAAUACAGAGGCUGUCCUGGAAGCUGCAGCCGGAGCCUUGCAAAACCUUUGUGCUGGAAACUGGACUUAUGGCCGUUGUAUUCGUGCUGCUGUUCGUCAGGAAAAAGGUCUUUCGUUACUCGCUGAUCACCUGAGCCACAAGAGUGAGCGUGUUGUACGUGCCGUGUGUGGAGCAUUGCGCAACCUUUGUGGAGACAGCCGGAACAAAGAACUGAUAGGAAAACAUGCUCUCAACAGUCUUGUUGCACGCCUUCCUAGCUCAUCUCCACAGACCUCUGGUCUCUCAGAGGACACGACUGUAGCCAUUCUCAGCGUCGUUCAGGAAGUGAUCACUGGUAACCUGGAAGCUGCAAAAAGGCUCCGUGAGAGUCAAGGAAUUGAGAGGCUGGUACUUAUCAAUAAGGGAGGUGGUCGAUCAGACAGGGAGAUACGUUCAGCCGGGAUUUGUCUGCAGACAAUUUGGGGUUAUAAGGAGCUCAGAAGACCACUAGAGAAGGAAGGGUGGAAGAAAACAGACUUCCAGGCAACUAUUGCCGGGACGCCUCGUGCUCAGGGUUAUGAUGAUAGCACUCUUCCACUUAUUGAGCGGAAUCAGAAAAAUGAUAAGAGAUCUGGGAGUGUUGAUAUUCCCCUGAACGAUAUCAGAACAGACCCAUACUCCCACAAUGGGGACAAUAGCACUCGCCACUUAAACCGUUCAGGUGAUAUUUCAGAAAUGGAACCUCUUAAGGAUCGGUCUCUCAGUGUUGGGGGAUCUCUGGAUCUUGGGGAUGCUGAGGACCAGCCAGUCUAAUGCCACAUCUUUCGCAUGUGGUGAAACUCACGCUUGAGUGCUUUCCUAGGAGCUACUGUUUCAGAAAUGCUUCAUCCUUUACCCCUCACUGCCUGUCUUCCCCAUGCCUACCCCUGUCUCUGCUGCAGACUGGAGAUCUUUUGUGAAGUGUAAAUUGCAAUGACCUUUGGAUAUGGAGUCAAGAAAAGCAGCAAAUGUGCUAACACUGGAAUAUCGCUAUAGAUACAGAGACUGAUGGUGUAAAUACUGGAACACUAACGCAUCAUAACACGGAUGAUAUUGCAACACUAACCAUCUUUUGGGAUGAAGGCAGAGGCCGUUGUGCUGCCUCCACCUUAUACUGAUUUUUUUUUUUUCUCCCCUUUUUGUUUUCUGGGUGAUCUGGUUUCAUAUUUGCUGCAUAUAAUUUGAGACUUUUUUUUCUCCCCUCUUCCCCCUCUUAUUUCUCAAUCACCAGUGGCCUUCUCUUGGGGGGAGGGGGUGGAUGUAUAAUUAACUCCCACCCCGUAUUGCUUCCCUACAAACAUUUUUCAUAACAAUCUGAUGCCAAGGAUUAUGUUUUUUAUAAAUAAAAUUUUUAAGACAAUCAUUUAAAA